AUCAUUUUUAGUUUCCAGAAAGUCGACACGUAUAUCCACCGUGUUCAAUAAAAAACAGUCGAAAAGAAUUAAAUUCGACCCAUCAAAUUCAUUUAAUGAUUCGUUGUUUCCCGGAAACACAUUUCUCCACCCAGUAUAAAUUACAUCAAAGCCUCCCAGAAAAAAAGGGUAGCUUCGAAGAGAUAAUGUCUACAAAGAUGAAGAAUAAUCGUGAAGGAAGUAACAGACGGCGGAUGGUGAGGUUUUUGUUAGAAAGAUUGCAAAAGCGUCUUCCAUUCUUAGCUUCCAGAGGACCUGAUCUUGUUCCUGAUGAUGUAAAGAAAGGUCAUUUUGUUGUUUUUGCUGUUAAGGGUGAGGAAACACAAAGGUUCAUGGUUGAAUUAGGCUACUUAACCAACCCUGCAUUCUUGAGUUUACUGGAGCAGGCCGCGGAGGAAUACGGGUUCGAGAAUAGGGGAGCAAUUACGGUGCCGUGUUUGCCUCAGGAAUUGCAAGAAAUUCUUGAAAACCGAUGCCAGAUUAAGCCUGGUGAUGGAACCUGGGCUACCUGUAAUUCAAGUAUCAUACAGAGUUACUAGCUAGCUGGGAGAAUCCAUGAAGAUUUUUGUUUCUAUAUUCUUUGUAGAUCUCUUUGAAGCUUCUCUAUAUAGUAUAUAGAUAGAUCGUAAUUUGCUAUA